AUGAAGGGUCUGCUGGAUUGGUGGAUUUCAGUAGAUUGCAUUAUGUCUUCGACAGAAAGUAUAUCGGACGCGAUCGAAGGCAUCGAAGGUGAACACGGUGGCAAAGGAAAACAGAGACGGAGGUUUGUUUACGAUUGUUCUGUGUCAAAUGCGGAAAGUACUGCAGGAGGAGCGCUGUAUGGUGAUGCCGUAAACAUGACCACUGAUGAAAGAACUAUAUUUGCAAAACUGGAAGCACUGAAGGAAAUUAGGGCCAAGACCCUUCAAUUGGAGAAGAUGAAACUUAGAAUAAUUCAUGAAGUUGAAGCUACAGAACAAGAAGACAAGUGUUUAUCCGAAUAUAAACAGGAGAUGGAUUUGUUAAUGCAAGAGAAGAUGGCCCAUGUUGAAGAACUGAGGCAAAUCCAUGCAGAUAUAAAUGCUAUGGAGAACGUCAUAAAGCAGGCAGAAGAAUCUCGUAACAGAGCACUCGAUACAGCCAAACGUAUACAUGAAGAGUACAGGCCACUCAAAUUGGACAUUGAUCGUAUGAGGCGUGAGUACUUGGGCCUGGAAAGGCUUCCCGAACUUCACGAGGAAGAAGGAGAUUUGAUUACACCAGAUUACUUUGAAAAGCAUUUCAAAACUGAUUGGCGCCCUGAAAUGCGUGAGGAACCAACACUGUCCACUUUGGCUUUAGCACAUCAGGGGGCUGCUUCAGCAUUUCUUGCCCCUACUCAGCCACCAAUGCAGUUGGUUCAAAGCUCAAAUAAGGCUGAGCAGCGUCCAAUGCAACCUGCACCAGGUCCUGCACCUACUUUUAGGCAACAGCCCCCACCUAUGAAGUCAUGCCUUAGUUGUCAUCAGCAGAUUCACCGAAAUGCCCCGAUUUGUCCAUUGUGCAAGGCUAAAUCUCGUAGCCGGAACCCUAAGAAGCCAAAGAAGAAGGACUGAAAUAUGCCUGACACUACAAACACAAAUGCAAGGCAGCUGUACUAAUGACAUGCAUUUUCAGCACUAGGAACGCUAGUGUAUGACUAACACUAGCUUCCCUAGCUUUUAAUUUUAUCAAGAUGUACUUGGCACAGCAUUCAAGAUAAUAUCAUGGACAGGGGUGGGAGAAUUAUUAUCCUUGUUCAUUAAUUACUGAUUCUGGAUUAUUACUUGUGUCAUCAAGGAAUCAGAAAAGUCUCUUCUUGAGUCAGAGUAUAUUGUAAAAUAUUCAUGGAGAAAAUUAAAUCAGUAGUAAUAAAUUAGACAGAGACAUACCAUAAAGUAGCUUCAGAUAUCCCUGUCUUACCCAGUUCUUAUUCAAGAAUGCUACGAACAAACGAUGAUGUUCACGAACAAAUACAGCUCAGUCAGUGUGUCUACAUGAGAAAUAUUAUAAGCAUUAAACUGUACAAGUCUGAAAGAGCUUGGCGCCAUCCAAUGGACCCUGCGCAGUUAAGUCGUGUACUUAUACAGCAUGAUGGAACUGGAGCCAGCUUUUGAAGCAUUUUUUAAUCAGAUGAUGAGACAAUGAAAAAUAUGCAGCCCAUGUGUCAUUUUUAACAUGCCUUCACAAAUUUUAUUUAUGUCAGUUCAGGACAUUGAUAGAGCUCUCACUGGUGUUUGCACAUGACUAUGGAUUAAGAACUGAGACAGGUAUUCAGAAUUUGUGAAGCCUUAUCCAAAGCUUAGUCAUGCUUAGAAACUUUAAGCAGAUUUUGUUUUGUUGUGUGGUGUAAGAGUUAGGAUGUUUCAUGUAAUCUCUUGUAUAGCUUUCACCUUGAUCACAUGAAACACUCAAAAGCUAUUCCAUGAAUGUGAGUUGUUUACCUUUUCCAAGUAAAGUUAUCCUUUUAACAAUUUACAUAAAUAUCAAGUGUCAAGUACUGUUCUGAUAGCCUAAAAUGAUGGGUCAGAAUUAUUGGCUUUGAUUGCUGUAGUCACUGCUGUGCGUGCACCAGUGCAAACGUCAGGCAACAAAAUUUUUCCCAUAUAUGGGAUCUGAAGUUCUCAUGCCAGUGGGUAUUAAGAUUUUGGGUUGCUCCAGAAUGUUUGUACCUCUGUAUAAGACUAUAAAGUUUCAUGUCUCAGAAGACUGUAAUCUUAAAACAUCUGAGAUUCCCUGUUGUAGAAGAAGAAA